CACUUCCUGCGGCCGCUGCGGCAUUUCCUGGAGCCGCGGGACAUGGAGAGCGUGUUCAUCAACAUCGAGCCCCAGUCCCUGGCGCAGUUCGGGCGCCCCAAAAUCGACGGGGAGCUCAAAGUGUCCAGCACCGAGAGGCGCUCCAAGGUGGACAGGUACGGGUUCCUGCUGGACAAGGCCCUGAUCGUCUGCAAGCGCCGCGGGGACUCCUACGAGGCCAAGGACGUGGUGGACCUGCAGAGCCACCGCCUGGGGGACGGGGACCCCGGGUCCCGCGACGGAAAGAAGUGGUCCCACAGCUUCUCCCUGGUGGACGCGGCCGGGCUCCAGCGCUACGAGCUCUUCUUCAAGACGCAGGAGAUGAAGAAGAAGUGGCUGGAGCAGUUCGAGAUGGCCCUCUCCAACAUCUUCCCCGAGCACGCCCUGGCCGACGGGCACGACUUCCAGAUGUUCUCCUUCGAGGACACCACGUCCUGCAGGGCCUGCCAGAUGUUGCUGAGGUGGGACCCCCAAAAUUACAUCUCUUGGGAGGGGGGGAAAUUGGGGGCCACU